GUCUCUCCAAGCAAUGGUACUAUGUCUCUCUUCAGUUUCAGUGGUCUGGUUUGCAUUCCGGGGUCCAAUUUAUCAAACCCUCACAGAUUACACAGUAUUGUCACUUGCUGGUCUGGUAUGUAAAUGUGGAUGUUUCUCUGUCCAUUUUCACGUGGACAGAGAAACAUUCAAAGAUUUUUGUGAAGACGGAUAGAACAUGACUAUUGAAUGACCAACAAUUUGAAAAACCUCACCCAGCACAUACAUGAGGACUUGGCCCGUGGAUGCAACAGUGGUUCAUGAAAUUUAUGGUGAUAAGUGUUCUCCAGCGACCCUUUUUCCAAGACCAAGACGAGACGAUGACGAGCUAAAACAUAUUAAUGAUACAGAUGCCUAACCAAAAGGCAUUGGAGUCCAAAAACUCAGACCCAAUCUCAAAAGCUGCCAGCAUGAACCCUGACAAAAAAGGUAAAAAAAAAAAAAAGUGAAUCAGCGACUUUUUUUUUUCUUUUUUGGAGCGUUGAGGAGUUUUAAUCUUUUGCUCAUGUCAUUAUUUGUUUCACCCUGGGAAAGGGACCCCACUGACGCUUGGGUGGGACUUCCUACCGUCCUUCUCCCAGAUCAGGUCGUCACCUCUACACGUCUGGCAUAAGAGGGAAACCCUGCCUUUCCUCCCCUGGCUCCUCACAGACAAAUAUCAUGACUGGUUACGGGGGUGAGUGUUUAUUUCAGUGUUUGUACUCUGCUCUACUCUGUGUGACCUCAUCGCUGCAGUGUCAUAUUGAGUGUGAUGGAGCACUGGGUCUGAUCUCUGAGGUUUUCUGAGCCACACUUUACAACAAAGAGCACUUAACCCAGAUUAGCCUGAUGUAUGGCGGUCUGACGCCUGUUAUUUCCUGCUGAGGUUGAAGCUAAUUUGCGGCUCACCUUUUGCUCAGGGUUCAGCUGUUCUGUUGUCUCAUGGCCUGUGUUUUCUGCUGCAGAUGAUAGUAGCUGUAAUAUCAAACAUUAUUACAGGGAUAAGUCAGAUAAUAAGAAUAAGAACUUUAUUAAUCCCAAAGGGAAAUUCAAUUGUCUGUUUUCUCACAUGUCUCUAAAGUUAUCUACUAUUUACACAAGAGUUAUAAAGUCUGAUUACUGUUGGUACAAAAGAUUUUCUAAAUCUUUCUGUCCUGCAGUGAAUAGAGAGGAGCUGUCCACCACCAUUGGCCCUUUGGUCCAUCAAGGUGUUGUGAAGUGGGUGAUCCAUGUUCUUGAGAAUAGUCUCCACCUUCCUCAGUGUAGAUCUCUCCACCACAUCCUCCACUGAGUCCAGCUUGAGUCCUACCACAGAGCCAGCCUUUCUCACCAGUUUGUUAAGACGUCUUGCAUCUUUGUGUUUGAUGCUUCCUCCCCAGCAGACUGCAGUGUAGAACAGAACAUCAUAGACACCACAGACUGAUAAAAUAUCUGCUACAUCUUAGGCCCGAACUACACGUAUAUGGAUAUUUAUUUAUCAGGAUAUUUUUGUACUCCCGUCUAAAUAAAUGUAUCUGUCCACACGUGUUAGUUCUCAAAAAUAUCUGCGUCCACACGUAGCCUUCAAACUCAAUCCUAUCUGGUGCCGCUUAAAAAAAAUUCAGGAACAAAGCUACCUGAUUGGCCGAUGAAUCUUAACAGCGUGAUGUGUCAUGCAUUGUUUGCGGAAGCUACGCUAGUGCGUCGGGUCCAUGUGACGGUGUGGCGGCUAUAACAAAGCAGACGCCUCUGUGAGCUGGCUGACUGGUGGAUGUAAUUGUAUAAAACAAGGUUCUCUUGCAAGGCUGAAAUUAGCCCCAAAAGGGCAAAACAAACGUAAAGAAUACCCUGUAUGUCCGCCAUCAUUGUUGUUGAGCUGCGGUUUGACGUCAUCGAUCCGUAAAAGUUCAACCACACGAAUCCACUUAUACGGAUAUUUUUUUAUUUCUCCACUUGUUUUUCCGGAUUCAGAUUUAUCCGGUUUGAGUGUUCCAAACUCCCGUUUUGGUGUGGUAGGGAGGCCUAAUCGGACAUAAAUAUGUGCGGUUUGAAAUAUAUCCACAUUCGUGUAGUUGGGGCCUUACUACAGAUGUCUAUUGAUCAGAGUCUUCUCAGGGAAAAGAGGUGGCUCUGCCCCUUUCUGCAGAUGAAGUCUAUAUUCUUAGACCAGUCCAACUUAUUAUCCAGAUGUACACCUAGGUAUUUAUAUGAAGUCACCACUUCGAUGUCCACUCCACAGGUGUUAACUGUCUGAAGAGGGGGUUUGGAUCUACGGAAGUCUAUGACCAUCUCCUUUGUCUUUGAGGUGUUGAGGAGGAGGCAGUUUUUGUCCAUUUCUGAUACGCGCCACGAUAGUGGUGUCAUCUGAGUAUUUCUGGAUAUGGCAGGACUCAAACUGUGGCCUUCUUUUCCGGUAAUCUACAAUCCAGGAAACACAGGAAGGAUCCACUCCCAUCUCUGAGCUUGUCUUUGAGUAUGGUGGGUUGGAUGGUGUUGAAUGCACUUGAAAAGUCGAAGAACAUGAUCCUCACACAAACCCCAGGUUCCUCCAGAUGAGACAGGGCACGGUGAAGCAUGUAGAGGACAGCAUCAUCCACUCCAAUGUGUUCUUUGUAUGCAAACUGCAGGGAGUCCAGUUUAUCUCUGACCUCAGACCUCAGAAGGUGUAGAGACAGCCGCUCCAGGGUUUUCAUGAUGUGUGAAGUGAGGGCCACUGGUCUGUAGUCAUUGAGUUCAGCAGGACAUUUUGUUUCUGGUACUGGCACAAUGCAGGAUUUUUUCCACAGAGUGGGUACCUGCCCCAGCUGUAGACUCAGGUUGAAGAUCCUGUGGAGAGGUUGACACAGUUCUGCAACACAGUCUCUAAGCAGCCUUGGACACACACCAUCUGGACCAGCUGCCCUUCCAGGACAAAGUCUUCCAAGCUCCAUCCUCACCCCUGUUUCGGUGACAGACAAGGACUGGUGGUCCAGAAGGGUGGCAGUUGAAGUGGUUGAAAAAUUUCAAUGAGAUGGAGGAGGAACGGGAGAAGUUGUAGUGGAGAUUUGUUGAGGAGAAGAGGGUGGAGUAGCAGUGGAAGUGGGAGUGACAGCAGUGUCAACUCUGUUGAAGAACAGGUUGAGUUCAUCAGCUCUUUCCAGAUCACCCACCACUGGCUGUCUUUACUUUUUUUUUACUGAUUCCUCUCCACACUUCACGGAUGUUGCUGUGUUGUAGAUUCUUCUCUAUCUCCUUUUUGUACUCCAGCUUUGCCAUCUUCAGUCUCCUCAUCAACUCUUGUUGCACUUGUUUGAGUUGUUCUUUGUCACCAUCUUUAAAAGCUUUCUUUUUCUGCGUAAAACAGUCCCUUAGAGCUUCACUGGCUUGAGGUGUCCAUCUUCUGAUUUUGACUUUGGUCACAGGCUGCCUCAGUACACAAGGUCUGUAACAGGUUUGCAGAUAGACCAAGUAAUGAUCUGACUUGCCCAGUGGUGGUAAGGCAGUAGCUCUGUAGGCUUCUUUGACGUUGGCAUACAGCAGAUCCUGGGUUUUGUUAUCUCUGGUAGGACAGUUCACAAGCUCUGUGAAUCCAGUCCGGUGAGAGGAGAGGGUGACAUGUUUGAAGUCUCCUGAUAUUAUUAUUUGUGCCUCCGGGUGUUGACUCAGUAGCCUGGCAACACUAUUUUGCAAAACAUUGCACAGAAUUUCCUCAGUUGAUUUGGGUGGAAUGUGAACAACUAUUGUUAUGAUAUGACUAAAUUCUCUGGGAACAUGAUAUGGCCGAAGAGCAACUGCCAAUAGUUCAAUAUCUGGACAACACAACUUCUCCUUGACAGUUAUGUGUGAAGGGUUACACCAUCUCUGGUUGACAAAUAAAGCCAGACCUCCUCCUUUCUUCUUGCCACUAGCUUGAGCAUCUCUGUCUUACCUUAUGAGAGUGAAGCCAGGUAGAUCCACACUGGAGUCUGAGUUGUUUUGAUUCAACCAGGUUUCAGUAAAACACAGGAAACUACACUCACGGUAUGCUUUCUCAGUCUUCACCAAUAUCUCCAGCUUAUCGCUUUUGUUGGGCAGAGAGUUGACGUUUCCCAUGAUGAUUGAUGAAAGAAAGGGUUUAUAUCGCCACCUCCUAGCAUUCAGCUUUGCCUUCACCCUUGCACCAGCACGGCAACCACGAUAACACCUCCUGAUGUCCUCUGGAAUUAUAUGUUGUUGUCCAGAUUUGCUUUUCCUCAAUGUAAGGAGCUCUUCUCUUGAGUAAACUCUUCGCCCAGCAGAAGUAUCCAUCAGCAGCCAACAAAAUGACAACAAAAAUAUGAAAAAAUCUAGCAGAAAUUACAAAAAAUACAGAUAAUACAGAGAGACCAGACUUCAAUCAAUCAAUCAAUCAAUCAAAUUGUAUUUAUAUAGCACAAAUUCACAACAGUCGUCAUCUCAAGAUGCUUUUCAAAGAACAAGAGCAGGUCUAGACCACGCUCAUUGUUUGAUGAUCAAGAACCAACCUAAGCUGGGUUUUGGCCCAUCUCAACUAACAUGAGUAACAGUGGCAAGAAAAAACUUCCUUUUAACAGGCAGAAACCUUGAGCAGGACCCGACUCAUGUUAGACAGCCACCAUGCCGCUGCUGGGUUGGGGAGGAAUGUAGAGAGAUGGAGGUAGAGAGAGGCGAGGGGAGAUGGAAGAGGGCAGGGGGAGAGAGAGAGAACAAGAUAAGGGGAAGGAGAGAGAAAAUUAGUAAGAAGAGGGAGGGGGAGGGAGAGAGAGGGGGAGGGAAUGAGGGUGAGAGAGAGACAGGGGACAGCAGAAACAACAGCAACAACAACAACAGCUCAUGUAAUGGUGAAACAAAAUGAGUUCAGUUUACAGGGUUAGGAUAUGAGUGAUUAUGGACAAUGUUAAAUUAAUGAAAUGUGAUUACAGUCAGCAGGCCUAAUAGUAGUCAGCCCUAGUUUUAUGUUAUUAAUUUCAGACAAUUACCUCUGGGAAAUUUUGCAAGGGCCAUGGGGGGCUACUGCCAGGGUGUGUACAUUAUGAUUAGUAUUUUUUAUUUUUAUAUUUAUUUUUUUGCUUUGAUUAUUGUUAUUUUAGUUUUGAAUAUUCCCAUUGGUUUUGUUUGUUUGUUUUCAGUUUGCUUUCUUGUGUUGCAUGCACAUGUUCGAAAAAAGUUAAUAAAUGAAAAAUAAAUGAACGAAUGAAAUGAUAUGAUGAGAUUCUUCAGAUCUCAAAUAAUUAAUACUAGUCACAUGGUGAUAUUAUAUCCAAGAAGCAACAUUCCUGGUUCAAGUAUUUAUUUAAACAACAAAUAACCAGAGUAAGAGCAGUGGGUGUUUGACAAACUUCAAUAAUUGCUCUUUUUUUUGGCAUGUCUCAUAGACAUCUAUACAAAAUUUUUCUGCUGUUUUUGGCAAUGUAAGUCAUUUAAUUUGUAUUCAGUAGAGAAAAGUAAAAGCACAAUGAUCCUGAUCAAACCGUAUGUUUUGAUAUAGAACUUGACAUACAACUCUUCAAGCUGUAGGACUAGUAUUGAAUUUUUAAAUUUAUCAGGAAGAGGAAUAAGAAAAAAUCCAGCCGGAUUACUUGAGAAUUUUGAAGCAAUUAUGUUCCAGACUUUUUAAAAGUGAAGUUGACUUGUUAGAGUUUGCAGUGCAGCGGGCUGAAUUGGACUCCUUUACAGGCCAGUUCUGGCCCCCUGAGCCAGUUUGACAGUGUGACACCCUGUGGUAGAUGUUAAUUUAAAUUUUUUGUUACACACAAAAAACGAAUAUCAUGCCACAAAGCAAACACAAACAAAAGUGGAGAUGAGACUGCUACCAAGAAACCAAAGAGGGUGACUUGGUUUAAGAAUAUGCAUUUUUGAAGAUGAAAAUUAAUGUGUCAAUUACAUGAUUUAUUGUGGCCAGUCUAAGGCAAAAGUGUGCAAUAAUCAUGCUAUCUAAUCCGCAUCUUGAUAUGCCACACAUGUGAGGUGGAUAGAUUAUCUCAGCAAAGGAGAAGUGUUCAGUAACACAGAUUUAGACAAAAUUUGUCAACUAUAUUUGAGAGAAAUAUGUCUUUUGUGUUUAUAGAAAAAGUUUGAGUUUAGCUCAUGAAAAAUGGGAGCAAAAACAAAAGUGUUGUGUUUAUAUUUUUGUUUAGUGUAUUUGAUAUUUCAUUAAUGGUAUGGAUGAUUUUACAGCUCUUAAGUCAUUGCUUUGAUGAAAGCAGCCAUACUUUCUUUUACUAUUGAUGUAAAUCCAUUUAUCACUGUUAAACUCUGUAUUUUAUAGAAACCACAUGAACAGACUCAUCUGAUGCAUCCCCUAGUCAUAUCUGAAAAGUCAAGUCCCAUCUGGAGCCUUAAAGAUGUGGAAAAUACUUUAUCACUAGCCAGCUCUGCUGAAACGUUAGGAUAUAAAUGUGCUGAUGAUUUAUUGGUGUAAAAUUCACCCACUUACAUUCACUCUCUGACAAAUCCAAUUCCUCCCUUCUUCCUGUUACUUGACGUAUCUGCUCAUUUUAAGGGUGUCAGCAGAGCUGUAAGCCAAUCCAGCGUGUUUGAUCUUCCUAACAUCCUGUGGUUUUGUGACGCUCGCCAUAAUUAAAGUCAGAUGGAGCCCAUUUAGAGAUUCUGAAUGGGUAAACUCUGGUCUGUGUGACAAACCCAUCAGCAGCAGUAUCAGCAGUAGUAUGUGGGAUGGGCUCGGAGCAGUUUCCCAGCUGAGGAGCCACUUGUAAAGUCAUCUUCCCAACUGCACUCAGGUGGCACUGUUAAGAGGAAGCUGGAAAAGCCAUCUAACUGUUUACUUUCUGUCUCUUUGGCCCACUUUUCCCAUGCUUUCGUGACUCGUGUUAGGUAAUGAUCCAACCUUAUUUCAGGUCACUUCUGACAGAGAGUUAUCAAAGUGUUCUUUCAGCCCCAGGUCAAACAGUUUGGAGAGAUUUUAAUCUACUUUUAUUCACCAGUACACAAAGUAUUUAUAUUGCCAAACAAUCCCUGUAUUGAUGAAAGGAACAUAGUUCAUUUGAUAUCUGCCACACACAAGCACCUAUUUAAGCACUAUCCCCAUGGGAUUGGUAUCACCCUCUGAUAAUUUUGACUAAUUGAUGGCAUCUGUGUUUACAGUUCUCUACCUUGGCUGUACCUAAAAAAGUAAAAACUCCAGAGCAAAUCACCUGCCACAUUUUUGGACACAAAAAGGUCCUCUGACAGUCUAAAUCUAGUCCAGAUUGACAUCUUGGUAAUUUGAGUUGUAAAUUUUCCAUAAGAAGUUCAUUUUCUGAUAAAAACCAUAAAUGUUGGACAUCCUGAACAAAGGUUUUGACUGAAUUUGGGUGAAAAUUAAACUGGAUGCUUCCCCUAAACAGUGUGAAGACCUGUUUACAGAAAGAGAAAAUUAAAAUUCCUCUUUAAAUCUAGAUUUCAGAGGUAGAUUAGAUGGAUAAUAUACGUUCAAACCACUCCACCUUUGUAGUGCUAACACAGUGUGCAUGUAUGAAGGUGCACCACAGCUCUUUUAAAGGGCACAGCUCUUAUUAUUGCUGCUGAACAGCCAGCAUUUCUUGCUAAUUACCUCAUGCUUGAUGCUGAGGAGUCAACCCCCUCAAAAUCUAUUGUUAUUAAUGAUACACAUUAAAAGGGAUAUUCUGGCGUAAAAUUAAUUUAGGGUCAAACACACGGUAAUACUGAGUUAGACACCCCCUCGAGAGAUGAAUGUUGCCGACUGCUUGCUUCUGUAGUUAUACCAACUUUCGUAAUGACCACACAAUACACAGCCACACGCUCAACCAAAAAGCCACUCUAUAGCCACAGAUAAUGCUCAGGGGCCUCAUUUAUAAAGCUUGCUUACGCACAAAACCUGGCUAGAAAUUGCGUACGCCACUUCUUACGCAAGAGUUGGGAUUUAUAAAAGAAAAACUAGUGUAGGAAUGUGCGCAACUUUAAGCAAACUCCACACCUUGCUUACGCACUUUUUGGAGACAAUCGGAGCAAGGUGAGAAUAGUCCGGGUGAUGCGUUCAGCACAACGGAUGACUCGAUGCAGCCUUUCUGUCCUGAGAGCUGCAGCUGCCGUACCAGGCAGUGAUGCUCGCAGAAAGCACAGACCCCACUGUGGCGGUGUAGAUAGUUUGCCAAUUUGAAUUUACAAAUGUGCAAAAAAACAAAUUCCAUUUACAUGCAUUUGUUUUAAGAUUAAUAUGACUAAAUCUUUUUGGUUUACGAACUUUCACCACAUAAGCAGCGGUGGAUAACGGAGCGUUUUUUUUUUUUUGAACACAUGCACGAGUGUCACACGUGCUUGUUUUUUCUGAUCCUCACCUGUCGCCGCCACGCUCUGAUGGUGCAAAGCCACUUUUUUCUUUGCCUCCACCUUUAGAUCAGACCACUUCUUGAUUUCGGCACAGUUUUGUUUUCGUCAUUGUCGACGAAAACAAAACUCCACGUGUUUGCGCGCGCGUGCGUGUGUGUCUGUGUGUUGAAGGAGCACAGCAGGCUGAUGACAGCUGUCAGAGCGGACAGAAGCUGCUCCUAUAUGUUUAGCGUUUAACUGACUGAGUUUUGCAACUCUGGUCGUCAUUUUCGUCUCGUCCCAUCAACGUAAACGCACUUUCGUCUCGUCACAUUUUAGUCAUCUCCGACUUAUGUUUAGCUCGUCAACGUUACGUCUUCGUCGUGGAAGAAAAGGGAAAUAUUUCUGUCAACAAAAACAACCAGUGUUGUUCUCGUUGAUGAAAAUAUUUCUUUUUGACGCUGGUGUUGACGAAAAUAUUUGACGAAAUAUGACCAAAACAACACUGUUUCGGCAACGCUGCGCUCAAUGCCAGCCGCAAUUGCCACCACGGCAACGGCGUUUUUAUUGGUGAUGCCACUCGAAUGGCCGCCGAAUAAGGUCUCCCGUCUCGCCGCCACCUCAUUUACAAGAACCUCCACCUCGAUCUCUGAAAAGUUUCUUUUUCUACGACUUGCCGAUGCCAUGGUUAAGCGUGAAAUGCCGUGGAUCCACCAGGCUUAUUUACAUGCAAAUCACAUUCAUGAGGUAAUUUGCAUGACCAUACAUGGUGAAUUUUGGGUGUGGAGAGGGCGGGGAAGAAUCAAAUCCCUGCUGCGCAACUUUCCAGCUGGUCUGUGAUUUAUAAAGGGAAAGUGCGUGCAGGUGUGCGUAGGCAGGGUUUUAUAAAUCAGAUUUUUUUUUUGCCUACGCACUUUUCAGCUUUUCAACUUACGUACACUUUUAGUAUGGAUCCUACGCCAGGUUUUAUAAAUGAGGCCCCAGAACAGCACCUAACUUCAUCAACAGUACAUAUAGGGUCCUAGCCAUAGCACUAGCCACCAAACAUCUUUUUAGCUUUGCCUAAUUUCUUUAGCAAAGAGACUAAACACAACUCACCCACUCUCCUCCAGCAGCUGCUUGUUUGUAGCGAGACCUCGGGCCAGUCCAUUGACCCUAAAUUAAUUUUGCGCCGGAAUAUGCCUUUACGAGCACUGCCAGAGACAAACAGAUUAGACAUGUUAACUUCUGUUUUACUUCUGCUUGUUGUAGCUGAGGCAAGACACUAGUUUAUCUUAGCAUACUAAACUGAUCAACUGAACAACAUGGUAAUUUGAUGUCAGAUCCUCGCCUGUUAUUCAGGCUACAUCAGCACAGCUGGUGAGUGCAUCUCUUAGUCAUAGAUCACUACAAGAAAAAUAAAUAAAUACAAAUAAAAAAUACAAGCAGUAAAGAUGAUCAAAAGUGUUUUUAGUUUUGACUUUUGUAAUCUCAGCUGUUUUCUCCUCACUAGUACUUUUGUUUUAGCUGAUUUUCCCAUCUCAAAUGUGUGUUGUCUGUUGUUUGUCUGUGUGUGGUAAUCACAGACAUGCUGCCACUCCUGUUGCCUCUCCUGCUGCACACUUGAGACCCAUCCAUCAAUCAAGCUCCGGGAGUGCAUAUAUACCCGUCUCUCCACUCCAGUCUUCACUAUGUGGUAACUGUGCUCCUGAACUUCUCUGAAACUUUGGAACCUGAUAUGAAUCUCUGCACUCCUUGUCCUAGGAUCACCACUCAGGAUCCCUGUACAAUAACAAUAACUCUGUUGCAUCAGUAUUAAAAAACAAUAUUUUAUCCAAACCUUUCAAUCUUCCAAGAGGCACACGCCAAGGAUGUCCCC